AUGUCGCAGGAUCCGUACGACGAAGUAAAGGCAGACGUCCUCACCUCCCUCUCUCAACUUCAUCAGCUGGCCGGCACAAUCUCGCGACUCUCCCGCUCUGGCGCCUCAGAUCCGCUUGGAGAUGGCGAUUCUGAGCUACACCGGGCGACAGCGGAGCUUGAGGCCAAUCUACGGACGAUUGAGCCGGAUCUGGAGGAGCUGGACGAGAGUGUCGCCGCGGUGGCAGAGCCGGGAGUUGCGGCGAGGCUGGGCAUCAGCGACAGAGAGGUGCGGGCAAGGCAUGACUUUGUCGAGCGGGUCAAGGGAGAGGUUGCGGCAAUACGGCGGCAGAUUCCAUCGCAGACGGUGUCUCCAAUCCUCGACAGGAAGCGACAUUCUGCAAUCUCCGCCGCCUACCCGCCGUCCUACCACACCGACGACGCUCGAGAAGGUGGAGAGGAUACCGCUGACGACCCAAAUGCUGCUUUCGAAGCUCAACAUCAGACGCUGUUGUUGGAGCAGCAAGAUCGAACUCUGACCGACAUCUCUGGCACGGUGGGUCUGCUGAGGGAGCAGGCGCAGCUCAUGGGGCGCGAGGUUUGGGAGCAGAAUCAACUGCUAGAUGAACUAGAUCAGCAUGUCGAUUCGACUUCGAGUCGGCUGGCGAAAGCUCAAAGACGGAUGGAUCGCUUUGUCCGGGAAAACAACUCAACCUCGAAUUGGCUCAUCUUCAUUCUCAUGACUGCGCUCUCCAUCUUGCUGUUCAUCAUCCUCUUCGUUUAG